CCUUGCAGCACCCUCGGUUCGGCCGAGCUUCGCCAGCUCCCGCGGGGAAGCAAAUCAAAAGGUUUGCUUCGCUCAUCCCUCCACCCGUGAUUUUCCAGUGCUUUGGAAGCCGCAGUUCCUCCACUAACAGGUUUUUAAAGGACUGGCAUCGCUGCUUCUGCCCGGAGCAGCCCCGCAGAGGGAUUUUUUUUUUUCCUCCCUUCUCUUUCAUGCUUUAUUUCCUGACUCCACAGGGGGAUGGGUCGGUUGCAAAAGAUUCUCAUUCCCUUUUUGGGAUUGGUUUUGGCCUUCUGGUUUUAUUCUGCGAGGGAGAAUUUCAAACCGGAGAUGCUGAAAGGGAAGCGGGUGAUCGUCACCGGAGCAAGCACGGGGAUCGGAGAGCAGAUGGCCUAUCACCUGGCGCGGAUGGGAUCCCACAUUUUGAUCACAGCACGGACAGAGGCCAAGCUACAGAAAGGGGGGGAGCGGUGCCUGGAGCUGGGCGCAGCCUCGGCGCGGUACGUCAGCGGCACCAUGGAGGACAUGGCCUUCGCAGAGCACGUCGUGAAGGAGGCAGAGACCUCACUGGGAGGCCUAGACAUGCUGAUUCUUAAUCACAUCGGCACGUCGUACUUUGGUUAUUUCAACGGGGACGUGGGGCACGUACGAAAGCUCCUGGAGAUCAACUUCCUCAGCUACGUGGCCAUGACCGUGUCCGCCCUGCCCAUGCUGAAGGAGAGCGAGGGCAGCAUCGUGGUGGUUUCCUCCAUGGCGGCUCCCUGAGGCAGGAAUUCCACAUUCAGAAUGUUAAUGUUUCCAUCACGCUCUGCAUCCUUGG